UGUCAUCCGGCAAAAAAGCUUUGUAAAUUAUUACAAUUUUCAUCGAAGUUAGAAAUAAUUUUAGAAACUUUUGAUAGUUAACGCAAACCUUGUAUAAUAAAUUAAUAAAACGUGACCUUAAACAAUUGUUAUAGUUACAGUAUCGUAUAAUUCACAAUGAGUUCUAUCGGGACAGGAUAUGACCUAUCAGCAUCUCAAUUCUCCCCGGACGGCCGAGUGUUUCAAGUGGAAUAUGCUGCCAAAGCUGUGGAGAAUUCGGGGACUGUAAUUGGCCUUCGAGGGAAAGAUGGAGUAGUGUUUGCUGUUGAGAAAUUGGUCACCUCCAAACUGUACGAACCUGGUGCUAACAAAAGGAUCUUCCAUAUUGAUGAACAUGUUGGCAUGGCAGUAUCUGGCCUAAUCUCAGAUGCGAGGCAAAUAGUCGAGACAGCACGUUCUGAGGCCUCCAACUACAGAUCACAGUAUGGCAUCCCAGUCCCACUUAAGUACUUGAACGAGCGUGUGUCAAUGUACAUGCACGCAUACACCCUGUACAGUGCUGUCCGUCCGUACGGUUGCGCAGUCAUCAUGGGAACAUGGUCAGAACAUGAUGGACCUCAGAUGUACAUGUUGGAGCCAAGUGGUGUAUCCUUUUCAUACUUUGGAUGUGCGGUUGGCAAAGCGAAGCAGGCAGCAAAGACUGAAAUUGAAAAACUGAAGUUAGCUGACCUCACUGUAAAGGAUUUAGUUAAGGAAGCCGCUAGGAUUAUAUACCUAAUCCACGAUGAGCUGAAGGACAGGCAGUUUGAGCUGGAACUGUCCUGGGUGUCAAAGGACACGAAGGGCCGUCAUGAAAUGGUGCCGCGUCACGUCGCCACGGAAGCGGAGAAUGUUGCCAAACAGGCACUAGUCGAUAUUGAGGACUCGGAUGAUGGAGAGAUGUGAAUUAAAUGUUUCUAGUAUUUGC